CAGCGAGAGGAGAUGUUAACCGGAGCAUAUCAUUAAAUCACAGUUUUUAGUUUCCGUUUGUUAAAAAAAACAAACACAAAUUAUUAGACUAUACAUGAUGCCCGUGUGGAAAACGAGUGUUGUGUCCAGACGCAAGGGGCGGCUAAACUAAAGAUAAUUUAACACAGAUUGCACCAAAACGGUUCAAGUUUUAUCCGUGUGGAGUAAAAUCACUCCCUGAGCAGAGAGGACUAAUGAUGGCUCUCAUGGUCCACCUGAAGACGGCCGCGCACCUUCGGGGGAAAGGUGACAGGAUCGCUAAAGUUACAUUCAGAGGUCUGUCCUUCUACAGCCGUGUGGCGGAGAACUGUGAUGCCGUGGCUCACUUUAACGAGAUAUUUCGAUGGCCCAUUGCCAGCAGGCUGGAUGGAAACGAGAUGCUGGAAAUCCAAGUGUACAACUACAGCAAAGUCUUCUCCAACAGGCUGGUGGGGACUUUCUGUAUGGUUCUUCAGAAGGUGGCAGAGGAGGGACACCUAGAGCUGACCGACACGCUCAUCGACGAUAACAACACGUCAAUAAAGACCAGCGUUACCAUAGAGAUCAAAUACCAGUCGAUGGAUGGCGCUGUGGGAGUGUGGAGCGAUGGGGAGUUCCUGGAUGUUCCUGACGACCGUGAUGGGAUGUUCGCCUUUGAAACUGAGAGCUUGCUGUCAAGUCAAAGCCACGGGUCUGGGACGCCUCCUGGACGAACCUUACAGGGGUCCAUACCAACCUUCAGGAAAGCAGGGAAGGGAGUCUUCUCAGCCAUGAAGCUCGGCAAGAUCAAGAGCUCUAAGGAUGAUCACAAGAAAGCAGAGGAGCCGGCGGUCCUGGAAAUGGAGGACCUGGACAGGAAGGCGAUGCGUCUUUCCGGGACAGUGGACCCAGACACCAUCUCUUUGGCCUCCGUCACCGCCGUCACCACCAACGUCUCCAAUAAGAGGUCAAAGCCAGAUAUCAAGAUGGAGCCCAGCUCUGGACGCCCAGUGGAUUAUCAGAUCAGCAUCACGGUGAUCGAGGCCCGGCAGCUCAUCGGCCUCAACAUGGACCCUGUGGUGUGUGUGGAGGUCGGAGACGAGAAGAAGUACACGUCGAUGAAGGAGUCCACCAACUGCCCCUACUACAAUGAUUAUUUCGUCUUUGACUUCCACGUCCCACCUGACGUCAUGUUUGAUAAGAUCAUCAAGAUCUCAGUUAUUCACUCCAAAAAUCUUCUUCGGAGUGGGACCUUGGUGGGAAACUUCAAGAUGGAUGUUGGGACUGUUUACUCUCAGCCUGAACAUCAGUUUUACCACAAAUGGGCCAUCAUGUCUGAUCCUGACGACAUAACAGCGGGGUGUAAAGGAUAUGUGAAGUGUGACAUCGCUGUGGUCGGCAAGGGAGACAACAUCAAGACCCCGCACAAAGCCAACGAGACUGAUGAAGACGAUUUAGAGGCGAACCUCCUGCUCCCUGAAGGCAUCCCAGCAGAGAGGCAGUGGGCGAGGUUUUAUGUGAAGAUCUACCGUGCUGAGGGGCUUCCCAAGAUGAACACCAACAUCAUGGCUAAUGUGAAGAAGGCCUUCAUAGGAGAGAACAGAGACCUGGUGGACCCCUAUGUUCAAGUGCAGUUUGCUGGGCAGAAAGGGAAGACUUCGGUCCAGAAGAGCAGUUAUGAGCCCAUCUGGAACGAGCAGGUGGUCUUCACCGAGCUGUUCCCCCCGCUCUGCAAACGCUUGAAGGUCCAGAUACGAGACUCGGAUAAGGUCAACGACGUCGCCAUAGGAACCCACUUUGUUGACCUACGCAAGAUAUCAAAUGAAGGUGACAAAGGGUUCCUGCCCACCAUGGGUCCGGCCUGGGUCAACAUGUACGGGUCGACGCGUCAGUACACUCUGAUGGACGAGCACCAGGACCUGAAUGAGGGUCUCGGAGAAGGCGUGUCCUUCAGAGCUCGUCUCCUGAUCUCCAUGGCCGUCGAGAUCCUAGACACCACUUCACCUGAGCUCAUGAGCUCCACCGAGGUGCAGGUGGAGGGCGUGUCCAACAUCUCAGAGAGUGCCACUGGGAAAAUGGACGAGUUCUUCCUCUUCGGUUCCUUCCUGGAGGCCACCAUGAUCGACAGGAAGAUCGGUGACAAACCAAUAAGUUUUGAAAUCACAAUAGGUAACUACGGCAACCAGAUAGAUGGUGUAAGCAAACCUUCCUCGGCGAAGAAGAAGAAGAAAGAUGGGGAGAGUGAGGAAGAGGAGAACGAGCUCAUACAGAACUCCAGUGAGGACGAGGCGGACGAGGAUGCAGACCUGGUGUCCGUCUCCUCCACUCCUCCAAUGAGGCCCGUCAUCACCGACAGGAAUUACUUCCAUCUUCCCUACUUUGACAAGAAGCCUUGUGUCUACAUCAAAAGCUGGUGGCAGGACCAGAGGAGACGACUUUACAACUCCAACAUGAUGGACAAGAUCGCUGACAAGCUGGAAGAGGGUUUGAAUGAUGUUCAGGAGAUCAUGAAGACGGAGAAGGCUUUUCCAGAGCGCCGACUGAGGGGGGUGCUGGAGGAGCUCGGCGUCGGCUGCAGUCGCUUUGUGAUACUGGCCAACAAGGAUGUGAACCAGGCAGGCCGAACCAAACUGGAUCGAGAGCGGCUCAAGUCCUGCAUGAGAGAAAUGGACAGCAUGGGCCAGCAGGCCAAGCAGCUUCGCACUCAGGUGAAGAAAAACACAGUCCGAGACAAACUCAAGCUGGUGCAGAACUUCCUGCAGAAGCUUCGAUUCCUCGCAGACGAGCCUCAGCACAGCAUCCCAGAUGUUUUCGUCUGGAUGAUGAGCAACAACAAGCGCAUCGCCUACGCCCGGAUUCCUUCAAAAGACAUCCUCUACUCCAUAGUGGAUGAGGAAACAGGAAAAGACUGCUGCAAAGUCAAAGGGGUCUUCCUCAAGCUGCCAGGUAAAAAGGGCUUCGGUCCCGCAGGCUGGACCGUUCAGGCGAAGCUGGAGCUGUAUCUGUGGCUCGGCAUCAACAAGCAAAGGAAGGACUUCCUCAGCGGUCUGCCUAACGGUUUUGAGGAGGUCAAAGCCGCUAAAACGGGCCCCGGUCUUCAAUCCAUCCCCCCUGUCAGCCUCGUCUACAACAUGAAGCAGGUGUUCCAGCUGAGAGCACACAUGUACCAGGCCCGCAGUCUGUUUGCCGCUGACAACAGUGGCCUGUCAGAUCCCUUCGCCCGUGUCUUCUUCUCCACACACAGCCAGGUUACGGAGGUCUUGAGCGAGACUCUUUGCCCUACAUGGGACCAGCUGCUGGUGUUUGACGAUGUGGAGCUGUUUGGGGAGGCCAGUGAGCUGAGAGACGACCCCCCCAUCAUCGUAGUUGAACUCUUUGACCAGGACACUGUGGGCAAGGCAGAGUUCAUAGGUCGGACGUUCGCCAAGCCCACCAUCAAGAUGUGUGAGGAGUACUACGGCCCCCCGAGGUUCCCCCCCCAGCUGGAGUACUACCAGAUCUACAGAGGGAACUGCACCGCCGGGGAACUGCUGGCUGCCUUCGAGCUGCUGCAGAUACCUUUCGAUCCGGAGGUGAUUAGGCGAGCUCUGAUCGCUGUCCAUAACUUUGCUGUCCCUCAAAUAAAGGUUGGUCAAGGAGGGAAGGCUGACCUGCCUCCCCUUGAAGGGUCCACAGAUUCGGAGCGGGGAACCAUUCUUCCCGUGCCCCUGGGCAUCAGACCCAUCCUGAGUCGCUACCGCAUAGAGGUUUUGUUCUGGGGCUUAAGGGACCUGAAGAGGAUUAACCUGGCUCAGGUGGAUCGGCCCCGUGUGGACAUAGAGUGUGCCGGGCGAGGAGUGCAGUCUGUCCUCAUUCAGAACUAUAAGAAAAACCCCAACUUCAGCAUCCUGGUGAAAUGGUUUGAGGUGGACCUCCCAGAGAACGAGCUCCUCCACCCUCCUCUCAACAUCCGGGUGGUGGACUGCCGGGCGUUUGGCCGUUACAUCCUGGUGGGGUCUCAUGCCGUCAGCAGCCUGAGACGAUUCAUCUACAGCGCCCCGGACAAGGCCUCCAACAACUGGGCCUCUGCAGCUAAGCUAAUGAAUGGCUACAUGGUCCUUACCAAUGGCGGCUGCCAGCCUCGCUCCUCACCCAGCCUUUCCUCCCGCACCCUCUCUCGUCCCGCAGGUGACUUCAUGGUGGACAUGGACUCGGAGCAUUCGAUCCGAAAGAUGGACACGAUGGUCAAGUUAGACGCUACGUCUGACGCUGUUGUAAAAGUUGACAUGACCGAGGAGGAGAGUGACAAAGACAAGAAGAAGAAGAAGAAGAAAAAGAAGGGAGGCAUGGAGGAAGAGGAGGAGACGGAUGAGAGGGUGCUGGACUGGUGGUCCAAGUAUUUCGCUUCUAUUGAGACACUGAAGGAGAGCCUCAGAGCCCAGGAGGUGGCCCAGGCCGAGGCGGAGGAGAGGGAGGACCUGGAGAUAGCAGCGGAGGCAGCAGAUAUCAGACCUGAUGACCUUAUUCUGAAAGGCUUCAAGACAAAAGACAAGAGCAGAGAGAAGAGGUUCUUUAAGGACAAGAAGAAGGGCCAGGCUGCAGAACACUCUGAGAGGAGACCGGUUAAAGCCAAGGUGGACGAGCUGGUGGUGUACAACAAGGAACUGGAGACUGAGUAUGGCAACUUCGCAGACUGGCUCCACACUUUCAACUUGUACAGAGGAAAGGCGGGGGACGAUGAUGAACACGCUCAGGACGACGACAGGAUUGUUGGCAGAUUCAAGGGAUCCUUAUGUAUGUACAAGCUACCUCUGUCUGAGGAAAUCACGAGAGAGGCAGGGUUCGAUCCUAAUAUGGGCAUGUUCCAGAGCAUCCCUCAUAACGAUCCAAUCAACGUCCUUGUUCGUGUCUACGUGGUCAGGGCUACAGAUCUGCAUCCUGCUGAUAUCAAUGGAAAGGCUGAUCCAUAUAUUGUCAUUAAGCUGGGCAAAUCAGACGUCAAGGACAAAGAGAACUACAUCUCCAAACAGCUCAAUCCUGUAUUCGGCAAAUCAUUCGACAUCGAGGCCACCUUCCCCAUGGAGUCCAUGCUGUCGGUGUCGGUGUACGACUGGGAUCUUGUCGGCACCGAUGACCUGAUCGGAGAGACAAAGAUUGACUUGGAGAAUCGUUUCUACAGCAAAUACAGAGCCACCUGCGGCAUUUCCUCCAAAUACUCUGUACAUGGAUACAAUAUUUGGCGAGACCCUAUGAAGCCCAGUCAGAUCCUGGCGAAGCUCUGUAAGGACGGCAAGAUCGACGGACCUCAUUACGGCCCGGGAGGCAAAGUCAAGGUGGCCAAUCGGAUCUUCCAGGGAAGGACAGAGAUCGAGGAUGAGAAUGGUCUGAAGAAGCAGACUGAGGAGCAUCUGGCCCUGACGGUGCUGAACCACUGGGAGGAGAUCCCGAGGGUGGGCUGGAAGCUGGUCCCUGAACACGUGGAGACCCGACCCCUGCUGAACCCCGACAAGCCCGGCAUCGAGCAGGGCCGUAUCGAGAUGUGGGUGGAUAUGUUCCCGAUGGACAUGCCCGCUCCUGGACCUGCGUUAGACAUAUCACCACGGAAACCAAAGAGCUUUGAGCUUCGUGUUGUUAUUUGGAACACUGAUGACGUAAUUCUAGAGGACGAUGCUUUCAUGACAGGAGAGAAGAUGUCUGACAUCUAUGUCAGGGGAUGGCUCAAAGGGCAGCAGGAGGACAAGCAGGACACAGACGUGCACUAUCACUCCCUCACCGGGGAAGGAAACUUUAACUGGCGCUUCGUCUUCCCCUUCGAUUACCUCAUGGCUGAGGAGAAGAUCGUCAUUUCUAAGAAAGAGUCCAUGUUCUCCUGGGAUGAGACUGAGUAUAAGAUCCCUCCUCGCCUCACGCUGCAGGUCUGGGACGCCGACCACUUCUCUGCUGAUGACUUCCUGGGGGCGAUUGAGUUGGACCUUAACCGGUUCCCUCGUGGAGCCAAGACGGCCAAGCAGUGUUCUCUUGACAUGAUCCGAAAUGAGCACGAGCUGCCCACCAUUUCUAUCUUCAAACAAAAGAGGGUGAAGGGCUGGUGGCCAUUUGUAGCUCGCGAUGAGAACGAUGAGAUGGAGCUGACGGGUAAGGUAGAAGCUGAGCUUCAUCUGGUGACAGCAGAAGAGGCGGAGAAAAGUCCUGUAGGCCUGGGACGAAAUGAGCCUGAUCCCCUGGAGAAACCAAAUCGCCCAGACACCACCUUCCUGUGGUUCCUGAGCCCGCUGAAAGCCAUCCGCUACCUGGUGUGCAACCGCUACAAGUGGCUGAUCAUCAAGAUGGUGCUGGCCCUGCUGCUGCUCAUCAUGCUGGGCCUCUUCCUCUACAGCAUGCCGGGCUACCUGGUCAAGAAGCUGCUGGGGGCCUGAGGGGCUGCUGGGGGGGACGGGGGAGGUGGCCGGCUGGAUACAUGGACGGAGAGAUGGGGGAGACGCAGAGGGCGGAUGGAGAACCAGAAGGAGAGAACAAGAAGUCGCAGAGUGCUUAUCACAAGUCAUGUUUUCCUGCUCUCUGCUCCGUUGUGAUUCAGCUCGCCACCUCCCACUUUCGCUCAGGCAGAAACCACCAAAAUGACUCUUUCCCCGCUAAUCAUGAGAAAAAACUGUCUAAUGCUUCAUCAAAACUGCAGCAAGCCUAACAAAUCUAAUAUCUGGACUCCAUCCUUGAACUGACUAGAAAGCAAUCAUUUGCCACAAAGUGUAACCCAUGAUAUUCUUUUCAAGCAAUGUUACAUGACAGCGAAUGUUUAUUUAUCUUUUCAUACAACCUUUAUUUAUUUAUUUAU